UCAGGGUCAGCAUGGUCAAUUCACAUCCUCCAAUUGAACAAAACACCGCAACAGUGUCGACACUGGAGAGAUAUUUCCUACAGCAACACGGCAUUCCAGUCCCGAUUCGCCUUGGCCAGACAUAUUCCUAAUAACCACAACAGAAAUGCCAGCGGGCACUUUAAAAACGAUAUGCCGCCAUGCCUUCGGACCGUCCCGCAUUCGAAUCUCAUAUUGGCCUGGUCUGUCAAAUUCGAAUUUAUUGCACUGAGAGUGUUUAGCCAUCAGUUAGUACGCUUUACGUCCCUCAGCAAUCUCUCAACGCGCUUUAACCUUUGCUCUUAUGUCACACGAAACCAAUCUGAAAUGGUAAAUGGGGUGUAUUAUUUAUGUAAUUAUGCUUACCUGCCACCGUUCUUCUUCACACCGCCCAAGUUUCGCCCUUUCAGGUACUUUCUGAAGUUCUUCAUGAAAUGCAACCAGAACUGUCUGAAAAAUGCUGGAAAUCCCCGCGAUAUGCGUCGCUUCCAGGUCGCCGUUGCUUCUGCACCAUCUCUGGAUGGCAAUCUGUUGGCCUUUUCAGACAACAUGUUCGUGCACAACAACUCCAAACACGGACGCCGCGUUCGCCGACUGGAGCCCUCCGACAACAGUAAG